GAAGGUGGACCCCAGCUGUCAGCAGACGCUAGGUGGCGCCAGAGGGCCACGGUCCCGUAAAUGAAGCGUAAGGAGGUUGAUGUGUUUUUCUUCUUCUUCUGCUCGUCGCUAACGAGUUCGGACACCGAGGAAGCGACAUCCAGUGAACCUCUCUCCCUGGAAGACAACAUCCACCGUGUCGUGACCACCGCCACGUACCGCUGUGAGCGUCCGGGGCCUACGAUCCCGAAGGAAGUGGUGACCCUGGCUAACUGACUGCUGCCGCCCACCAUCGCCCCCGACUCUGCCUCCCCAGCCCCCUGUCCUGACUGGGUCUCUGUGCUGCCGGCGGUGGAUUGGAGCACUCUGAUUGGAGGCUUCACAAGGUGGUUUUUCGGUCUGGCGCCGCCACCCCCCGGGGCCGGCGUGCGCUCCCAGCAGCCCGUGGUGCCCUGUGCCCCCCCUUCCCCGUCACUGCACAACAGAGCCCAUGCCCCGGGAGGAGGUGCAGUGCGUUCGCCAGGAGCCAUGUGCCUCCCGCACACCAACAACAUGGACAACAAGCUACAGGGGGCGGGGCAGGGGGGAGGGGCUUCACUUCGACCACGAGGAGGAGGCGGCGUUCCACUGGAGCCCUUCAUACACCAGGUGGGGGGUCACACCAGCAUGAUGCGUUACGAUGACCACACGGUGUGUAAACCUCUGAUCAGCCGAGAGCAGCGGUUCUACGAGUCUCUGCCUCCAGAGAUGAAGGAGUUCUCUCCGGAGUACAAAGGCGUGGUGCUGGUGUGUUUCGAGGUCGACUGCGACGGCUACAUCAACCUGGUGGCCUACCCCUACGUGGAGAGCAGCAUGGAGGGCGGAGCCGCCGAGCACGAGGAGCGCGACCCCCCCGAGCGGGAGCAGCCGAGGAGGAAACACUCCCGCCGCAGCCUCCACCGCUCCUCCUCCGAACACAAGGACGAGCGGCCCGACCGGAGGGAGUCGCACGAAGCCGACAACUCCGAUAAUCUCGCGGAGCUGAAGAGUCCCCGGCUCGACCCAAAGAUCCACUCGGACGUGCCCUUCCAGAUGUUGGACUGGAACAGCGGUCUGACGUCGGAGAAGAUCAGCCACAACCCCUGGAGUCUGCGCUGCCACAAGCAGCAGCUGAGCCGCAUGAGGUCCGAGUCCAAGGACCGCAAACUCUUCAAGUUCCUGUUGUUGGAGAACGUGGUUCACCACUUCUCUUACCCGUGCAUCCUGGACCUGAAGAUGGGCACCAGGCAGCACGGAGACGACGCCUCCGAGGAGAAGGCGGCCAGGCAGAUGAAGAAAUGUGAACAGAGCACGUCGGCGACGCUGGGGGUCAGAGUGUGUGGCAUGCAGGUGUACCAGCUGAACACCGGCCACUACCUCUGCAGGAACAAGUACUACGGCCGCGGCCUGUCGAUCGAGGGUUUCCGCCAGGCGCUCUACCAGUACAUGCACAAUGGCAAGGGCCUGAGGCAGGACCUCUUCGAGACGAUCCUGAGCAAGCUCCGCAGCCUGAAGGCGGUGCUGGAGCGGCAGACGUCGUACCGCUUCUACUCGUCCUCGCUGCUCAUCAUCUAUGAGGGAAAGGAAUCCGAGGGCACCUCUGUCCCCGGCUCUGCGCAGCCUGCAGCCUGGCAACAGAAGACACCCGUGGCCACCACGGAACCUGGGCCCCACGCUACUCCGGCCCCCGACGCCCCCCGCAAAACGGACGUUAGCCCGAACCCAGCCCCAGGGUCGCUGUCUUCCCAGGGAUCUGGACCGACAGCUCCGCCCUCCCCCGCCCCUCGUCCUCCCCCGCAGGCGGCCCCGCCCACCACGUCAGACUGCCGCUCCGUCGCCCCCGCCGCACCCUCGGCUCACCCCCAUCCGGACUCCUCCUCCUCCCCCUCUGCUCCCAGUUUGGUUUCCCUCCCCACUCCCCCUGCUCCCCCGCCCAAGCAGCCCCCUCUCGUGGACGUUCGUAUGAUCGACUUCGCCCACUCCACCUUUAAGGGUUUCCGUGGCGACACGGCGGUGCACGACGGCCCGGACCGGGGCUACAUGUUCGGACUGGAGAGCCUGGUGCGGAUCCUGGAGAGCCUGCGGGACGGCAACCUGCCGUAGCUCCACACAUGCACACACACGCACACACACACACACACACACACACACACACACACACACACACACACACACACUCACACUCACGCACACACUGCUUGUCGUGAGUCCGUUUAGGUUGAGACUCCUUAGGUGUAAAUAUGGAACAGGGUUCUACCGGGACGUCGGCAUGGAAACAUGGGCAUUCUACAAGCAAGUAGUUACCUUAGCAAAGGGCAUGAGUUGGAACAGCAGAACACCGCACGCGCGCGCGCACACACACACACACACACACACACACACACACACACACACACACACACACACACACACACACACACACACACACACACACACACACACACACACACACACACACACACACACACACAGAGUGCUUGUACGUCUAUACUUGUGAGGACCCUCGUUGAUGUGAAACUUUUCCCACAUCAAUGCCGAACUCCUAAACUUUCACCGGACUCGACCCCCUUUCGUGAGACGACGGAUGACGUCGCAGCCGAUUCCCCCAACGAUCCUGAGUCCAACCAGCGAUGCGACGCGUUUGAGCGUUAGUCUGGCUCGCCGCUCCCGAGGGGCCGGAGCUCAAAUUGGCCCUCACAAAGAUAGACGAACAACAGAAAAAGUGUUGACUGUGGAGCGGCACCGUGGAAGAGAACAACCAACCAGCUGCACCCCAGAGCCCAGACUCACUCAGCAGCCCCUCACCCCACCUCGACCCCCCACUCGUCACAUCGCUCUUUCUCUACAGAAACCAAACCCAGGUGAACAGACUCUUUUAGCAUUUAACCUUGAAAAAGCACACACACACACACACACACACACACACACACACACACACACACACACACACACACACACACACACACACACACACACACACACACACACACACACACACACACGAGCAUCUGUUAAAGCAAUAGAUGGCAAAAAUGGAUGGCAACUGUUUUUUUUUUUGUCUUGGGCAGAGCAGAGGGCAGCGUCUCCUCGUGUCCCCCCCCCCCCCACACACACACACACACAUACACACACACAGGGAAAAAAGUGCGACAUCAUAAGAAGUCGGCUCAGAAGAGAGAACAGAGAUAGUUUGUAAAACGCGAUAAGUGCGUUUUUUGGGACUUGAUUCAAAAACGCUAGUCGUCUUCGUCCUGUGAAAUUCUUCCCCUGGGAUAUUGUGUCUGUGUCCGUUUCCCCAAAUCUGGUCCAGCGAUAUUCUACUUUUUAAUUUUUUUUAUUUUUAAAUCUCGUCAACAAAUCCCAUGAAAACACCCAAAAAUGUGUCUCAUGUAUGAAAAAAAAGGCCUGAUUUAUCUUUUGUGCCAUAAUGUUACAUUGGACGACUUCGUCCUUCAUCACCAUCAACCGACACAUUUGACUCGUGCGUAUUAAUCCACUGCUGAAAAUAGUCCCUCUACAAAUGUACUGUUUACUGGUGUUCCGGGGGGCGUUGGCUAUGAACUGCUGAUCAUCAGCUAACUUGGGAAAUUACUGAGCUUUUUUUUAAAUGAAACAGCAGAUUUGUUGUAGUAAAAUGUAGUUUUAUAUAUAUAGACACACAUGUAUAUGGUUUAUAUCCACAUGUGUUAUUACUGUGGGGGUGUUAGGGGGCACUUAAAAGUUUCUCCCUCGACCUUGUAAGCAGUCGACAAUAAUCUGUAGGGCUGCAACUAACGAUUAUUUUCAUAAUCGAUCAAUCAGAUUAGUUGUUUGGUCCAUAAAAUGGAGAAAAAUGGAGAUCGUGUUCCCCGAAAACUUCAAGAUGAUGUUAUGUUUUGUCCACACUCCGAAGAUAUUCAGUUCACUGUCACAGAGGAGAAAAGAAACCAGAAGAUAUUCAUAAUUUAACAGAACAGAGACGUCAGAAGGUUUCAAAGAGACACGUUGUCCAGAAUUCGUGGAAUUUGUUGAAAGUCGCGGAAAAAAAGAUAGUGACCCGGUGGGAUGACAGGAAUAUUCAGUGACGAAAACAUUUCUUUAUAAUUAUACGUGUAAAAAAAUGAAAUCACCACGUGGCAGAUGUGCAACAAACAGAGAAAUUUCAAACGGGACGAAUAGAAAUGAUUUGACGUGUCGAAACAAACACACACAAAAAAAAUACAAAUCAUCCUCCUGCAAGUGUCACACAUCUGGUCGAUUUCAUUAGUCAGUGUCAGCCAAUCACACUCAAGCUCCAGAGGCCGGUCCAGCCUGCCCGUGGCGCCGCACCGCCCCCUGCUGGACGAGAACAGGCACUCCAGCCCCAGGAGUUUGAACUAGAGAGAGAGAGAGAGAGAAAAUAUGAAUAUUUUAUUUUUUGGUUUAUCAAGGUGAUAAUUUAUUUUUUUAUUGUACCUUUACCCAUAUGGGGGGGGGGGGCUAGAUGUUCUGUCUUUUACACGUCUCUUCCCCCUAAAUGUAAAAAAAAAAAAAGUGUGUGUGUGUGUGUGUGUGUGUGUGUGUGUGUGUGUGUGUGUGUGUGUGUGUGUGUGUGUGUGUGUGUGUGUGUGUGUGUGUGUGUGUGUGUGUGUGUGUGUGUGUGUGUGUGUGUGUGUGUGUGUGUGUGAGAGAGAGAGAGAGAUCACGAGUAUACGCAUAAGUAUUAUUAUUAUCAUCCGAGCGAGACUUGAGUCCAACUCCUCUGCCCGCUGAGGAGGUGUUGCUCUGGUGGAAAGCUUUCUUGAAAGUGUGUGUGUGUUAGAGCAGAUGUAGACGCCAUCUUUAGUCUUUGGUUUUGUUUCACUUCACAUUUUAAGGAGAACUUCAUGCUCGUUCUCCUGUUUCCAUCAUUUCUCCAGCUCGUCGUCGUCUCAGAGUCCUCAGAGCGUCGCUCCUCGCCUCCUCUGUCCGAUCCUCAUGUUGGGUCACAGGUUAUUUAGCAGCUGACAUCGUCCUGUUGGUUAGAACAGUGGAAGUACGUGAGAUUAAACCUUUCCAGAA